AUGAAUGAAAGAGAAGAUAAUCACCAGAUAGUAUCGAGUGAACGAGACAUACCUGGAGCCACAACACAACCGCUCGGACUUACUCGACCUUAUGCACAAAAUUGGAGCUCACACGACGCUUUUCGUGAGCUCUACCAAAACUGGAAGGACUCCAUUAUACAGAACCAUGGUCUAUCGCUGCUUGGGUUUUGCCCGACUGUGACAGAGACUAACCAGGAAAUACUCAUCGUUGUCCCAAAGCCAAACACUGACUCUCAUAUCUCAGCAAGCUUACGUGACUGUGCUGGAUAUAUCACUUUCAAAAAACACAGUGGUGUCGUGGAGCUUACCAAUUUCCAUGCGCUUCUUGAUCGAAAGUGCCUAGACUUAGGCUACACAACCAAGACCAAUGAUGACCGCCUGACGGGAGGACAUGGCGAAGGACUGAAAAUAGCCGCACUGGUUUUGAGUCGCAAUAAUUACCAUGUGAAGAUCUGUGCCAAUAGCUGCUACUGGAACUUUGGGUUUCGCGGAAAAUCUAACCGCAAUUUCUAUUGCCAAAUAACCCCCACAAGCGUUGAAAAAAUCAAGCGUCUGAAACUAGCGUUCGAAACUUCCCGGAAAAGCUCAAGUCGGAAGUUUACAGCCAACAUAUGGGAAGAUGUUUCCAUUUGUAUCAAAAAGGGAGAUACAAGUAUUGAGCAUGCUCUUACGAAAGAAGAAUUUUGGCACUGGUUGCAAGUCACAAUCGAUGUCAAUCCUCCUGCAAACCUGGUGAGAACUUUGGCAGGUGAUUUGAUACUGGACGACAAAUAUAGCGGCUGUCUAUUUUUGAGAGGCAUUAAAGUCUUGUCUGCUGAUAUGGAUGACCGUGGCUUUCGGGUUGGCUACAAUCUAGCCACCGGUGAUUUGAGCCGUGACCGUUCAAAGCUUCACAAUCCCGAGCAAGAAUCAAAAGCAAUCGCUGAAAUAUGGGCAAGUGCCAUCGAACAAGGGCACCAAAAGGCUCUUUCAGUCUAUGUUUACUUGCUACAGCAUCACCCACAUUCAAGAGACGUGAGAGGAGCAGACCAGCUAGUGAACGAGGCCACUGCGAGAAAGAUAUGGACCGAAUUAAAGGCCCAGACGGGCAAAGCUAAAAAUAGCAAGGACGUCGCAACGAUCCGUAAAGAUCUCAAGAAAAAGCCGCAAGCCCUAUCAAGCUCCCUAUGGCAACUUCUUCAUCAAUACAACUUGGUCCAUACGCCUGAUGAAGAGCUCCAGCGGCUGUUUGAAGUCUCAAAUGCUAUCAAGCUACCGAAAACAAGAUUUGCCCAAGAAAUCGACCGAGCGUUGCGUGCGCUAUUCAUCGCAAUUCCCCGUACGCAAAGCUUGCGAAUAGUUUACGUUACAUCUGAUGAUGAGAAAACAAGCGUCGUGUUUGCUAAGGAAAGCAAUAUCCUCUACGUCCAUGAAAAAUGGCUGGACAUCUCACGUGCUCACCUCGGCGUCGAAUGCUUGGCUAGCACGACAUAUAUUGACGAUUCGGAUGGUUUCUUUUGUGAACAUGUGGUGGAAGAGAUUUUUCAUCGUGCUUUGGCACUGAUUUAUCGUCCGCUGAAACUCAACUAUCUGUCUUCACCACUGGAAGACUCCCCUCACAUCAUUUUCCAAACCAGCCGAGGAAAACUCCAAGACAUGCCGCGAGGCAUCCGCACUGAGACAAUUGAAAACAAAUCUUUGAAAGUCCUAUGGGAUGAUGGACAUAGUCGUGCCUUUUCAAGGGCGUAUGGCUUACAGGUGGAAUAUAUUGUCAUCCUGCAUUUGUUAACUUGCUUCGCAGCCAUGGAAACGCUAUUAUUUCGGGAAAAAGACAUUCUGUGCGAGUGCCCACGAAAAUACGUAUCACAAAUGCAAGGAUUUGCAAUCUUUACUUCAUUAGACGGAGAGCCUCGCUUUCCAAUGGUUGCUCGACACAAGGACGAAGCCAUAUUCGGAUUCCCGCCCCUCCCUCUUGCGCGUCUCGAGGGAGACUCUGAAAUGGCGGUUGAAGUAUCCAAUGCGAUGAUUCCUUUGGCGGAAUCGUCUAUACAAGGCCUUGGCUCUGUAUCCCGGGCCGGAGACGACAAUGUCAAGUCUGAGACUCAAACCGCCCAAGAAUUAAAAAUAGAGACUGCGUUCUCCCUGAGAAGCGCUGAAGCAGAUCCGACCCUUCCAAUCAUCGCUGAAGCUCACCCCGAGCUGUCAAUUUCUGUAGACGGAACGAGAGGCCAAGCCAUGGAAGAAAGUAUCAUCAAUGUGGACGACUGCAAGACCACAAAAGCGGAGGGAUAUUGUGUCUGGAAGAAAGAAAUGAAAGGACACAGAAUUGAUGCGUUCAAUCCCAAAUUCAACAUUUUCCGAUCUCAAAGCCGUCCAUGCACUCCUAUCGAAGGGCCUUUCCAGAGAUGUGAUGAAAUUGGGGAUCUGAAAAAGAACGCCUUCAUUGAGGCAACUUAUGAAGAUCCCUCACCUCGGAGCCGAUGUGUCUUUUAUAUCCAUGAUAUACUAGUGAGGGAAGACGGUGAUUCGGAAUCUGCGAUUUAUCUCAUCGCUUCAAGGUAUACAUUUCUUUGCGAUAAUGCUGAUCUACGACAAGGGUCAUCUUCAAGUUGGUUGAACAAUGAGUUGUUGCUUCACUUUAAUGAUUUCAAUCUCAUGUCUAAAUCGGCGGACGGAGAGCUCAUCUUGAUGAAAGAUAUGUCAUCUUGGAAGUCAUCACCAGCUAUUGAACACACCGCAAAAGCUCCAGGCUUUUCUGCGCCCGACGUGCUGGACUUCUCCCCGACAGACGUUGGCCUUUCUGUAGGGCUUUCAGAAGCAGGGUGUAAUAUAAAAGCAGGGAUUGCUUUUUGUUCCGGUCACAGUGAUGCUUGGAAGAGGUUUCAUCCGCAUGCUGAAAUUUAUGAUUCCCCAACGCAAUUUAUUGACUCAGUGCUGAAUGAGACACAAUCCACUGCGCCUCUGGUUAUUGCAGCCUCAGGAAUGCCGAACGACCAUUAUUCCCUUUCAAGCCUCACCAUAUUGCCUGACGAGGUUUUGGCUCCUCUCAAACUGAAAGCAUUGUUUGACAGCGUUUUUCUACAAGAGCCAGACUUUGUCUUCCUGGAAUUGCAUUCGAUAGUACUGAAUACUCAUAUUUCAGACCUUGUCAACUCUAUAUUGGCCUUACUUGGCCAGAGAUACUCCGUUGAACUACGACUUGUUGUCGCAGAAAUCGAACCAGACAAGCGCGUCCCCAUAAUAUAUCUUUUGGCUGCCCCUGCAUACUUUCAGUCAAAGUCAGUGAAUGAAAUGGCCGCGGAACUAGCAGAAUCUGCGCAAUGGAGGCCGGCCUUCGAUAUGGAGCAUGGUCCACAAGCCAAGGCUCUAGACGACAUGACUAUCGGUCCUUGCCAAUGUGCUGAAGAAACUGAAAGCCUACCCAAGAAUAGUGGUGUGGAACCUGAUCAAGAGAACAAAGCCAAAGAGCUUGCGCGGGGUAAAGGUUUUCCAUCUAAGAUUGUUGACCGCAUACAAGCCAGGGAUUACGAUGAAGUGCUUAGAUCAUUACCAUCGUGUAUAAGCAAGCAUGCCGGGGCUUCUAUUUUUCAAUUUACGAGGGAAAGUGGACAGCAAAUCAAGAAACGGCGCAGGAGCACCAGUGAUGUCGUUCCUGAACAGCCCUUCAUGGUGAAGAGAUUAAAGGAAGGAGAGAGUGGCACACCAGACUGA